UUCCCACUAACUAAAAGCACCAACCGUUUGUAUAAAUGCCCCAAGAGGUUACCUUCUCCUUCCACCACUCAAACCCUAGCUACACUCCCAUUCCUGAAUGGCGGACGGAGGAAGGAAAUGGGAGGGAAUGGACGUGGAUUGCCUCUCAAUCAUCUUCUCGAAGCUCAGCCUCGACGAUCUCACCGUCUCCAUCCCCUUCGUCUGCCGCUCGUGGUCCGCGGCCGCCUGCGACCCCCUCUGCUGGAAGUUCCUCAACCUUCGAUCCCUCAAUUUCAUGCCGUGGAGCAGUUUCGCGAGAAGGUUUACAGAUCAGAAUUCAGUUUCCCGAUUCUCGUUUGCCGGAUUUAUGAAGCUCGCCGUUCGCCGGAGUGGCGGCGUGGCUACCGAGCUCCAGCUUCCGGAGCUGGGGUCUAUGGAGGAUUUGAUCCUCGCAUCAAAUAAAUGCCCAAGACUGAGAACAUUGAUUCUACCUAAACUAACUUCAGACAACGAGGCUGAAAUCCCCAAUCUUCUCUCCAAAUGGAAAAACCUCCAUCAUCUCCAGUUCGAAUCAAAGCCUUCAAAUUUCUCUCAUUUGGCAUCUGUAAUCAGCCAAAACUGCAAAGAUUUCAAAGAAUUAUCGAUCCAGAGUUCCUCUAUCAAAAAAGAAGAUGCAUCAGCGAUCAUUAAAGAUCUCCCAAAGCUGAGAUCUUUGGAUCUUAACAGAUGUUUUCUGUCGAAGGAAGAUCUGCUGAUGAUUUUGGAAGGUUGCAGAGAACUGGAUAGAUUGAAUGUGAAGGACUGCAUUGGAUUUGAAGCAGAGGAUGAGGAGGUUAUCAGAAAGGGGUGCAGGAUUAGGGUUUUGGAGCUGGAGGGAUCGAAGAUGGAAGAUGAGAGAGGGUAUGAGACUGAUGAGUGUGAUGAUCAAUAUGUUCAUGUGAUUUGAUCUGUGUUUUAAUGGUAAGAAGAUGAAGAUGAGAGACUCUGUUGAAGGGAAAAUUAUUACGUCCUAUGUCCGGAUUUUUGUUCGGACAUCAAUUUAGACGUACCACGUCAUCAAAAUACAUCGGGAUCCAAUGUAUUCGGUUGAUGUGGCUCAUCUGAAUUGGGUCACCGGACAUAAUAAUUCGCCCUGUUGAAGGGUUUGUUUGUUCAGCCAUUUUUUCAAACAGGAAGGGUGCUUUAUCCCUGUCGGUGAUAUUGACAGUUUUUCUCAAAAUCUGGGAAGAGAGGCAAAUCUUUUCAUUUUUCUAAAGCUGGCUGCCUUUUGAUGAGAGGCAGAGAUCCAUAAACAAGUGAUUAUAUGAAUCAUUUUGAUCAUAUAUAUAGUUUACAGAUCUUUUAUGCA